UGUGUUGCGCUGGUAUGAGUGGAUCAAACACAGCAGUGCUGCUGGAGUUUUAAACACUCACUGUCCACUCUAUUAGACACUCAUCUGCUGCUGCACAGUUUGCGUUGUCUUCCUCUAGUGCUCCAUCAUGGGUCACAGGACAUUGCCCACAGGAUGCUGGAGCUGGAUAUUUUUGAUUGGUGGACUUUUCUCAGUUCAGCAGUGAGUCUGAGUUGUUUAUAAGGUGUCUGUCAUCUGUGAACAGUCAACUAACAUGCGAGCUGUGGUGCUAACACAUUAACCAUGAACCCAAGUUAAGGUGCAAACAAUGUGCUAAUGCCUGAACUAACCCAGUGUGCAGUAGGGUAGUGGGCCACUAUUGGCCCACGAAUGGCAAAUAUGGUGGCCCACGAACUUUUUUCUCAGCUUCUGUCCAGGUGGCCCACUGGUGACUAAACAGAACAUCUGACCGAGUCUAAACUAGUUAGACAUUCAAUGUGCGGGGGUGGACAAGUAGCGGCGUACAGUCAGCUGGGUGUAGACUUCUUAUCUAGGAACGUGCUAACUGCAAACGAACGUGCUAGCUUACAUUUUGGAUCUUGCAGAAGUUUGAGGUAAAGUUCAUGUCUUGCUGCAGCUCAGACGACCACAUAUAUUGUAUAAGAGGAGCGAGUGUAUUAAUAACUCGGGGAGUUUCAUCUGUCUACUUAUCUCUAACCACAUCUAGUUCAUCCUCCCAGUGCCAUCUCUGUUCUCACCAUUUCUCAUCUGGACGUUGAAGAGGAGCCUUGUUACAGAACGGGAAGAUGAUCUCUUUACUUCAGAAGAUUUUAAUGGUUCAUGACGAAGAUACAGAGCAAAUUUAAGUCUUUGUGUUUAGAAUGAUGUUUCAACCAUUUCAGAUUCAAAGAAGUUUAGUUCAUCUUUAUUGACUCAGGUGGGAUUGUUUUGUGGGAAAGUCUGGAGAACAUAUAUGAUCACAAGAUGUUUAAGAAGUAACAUAAAACAAAAAUAUUGGGAAGAAAAUGUUUACUAAGUCCUGCUUUUGUCUGAGGAACAAAUUGUGAUGCUUUAAAUCUCCACUGUGGGGGAGAAUAGCUCUGGAUGAAGGUGAUCCAGGUUGAUCAGUAUAUACCGUCCCUUGUGAAGAACCUGGUGGUCACAGAUGCUCAGAAAUGUAACUUUAAUCACAUUUUUCAAAAAAUAAGAAGUUCUUUUUCUUUACAAUCAGGUUACAAAGACACAUUUGUGAAAAACUGAAAUGAUUAAAUGAAACACAGACUUCAUUACAGAGUCAGCAUUUAAAGUUCUGGAGUUUUGAAGGACUUUAGAUGAAGAUGGAGAAAUAUUUCAUUUAACUGUCAUUUAGUAGUCGUGACAGGCGCUGUUAGAAAGUCCAACAGAUGGAGUUAAAAAGCAUGUUCAACAUUAACUGCAGUGUUAAAAAACUUCAUGUUGUUGUUUGUUGAGAAAACGAGUGGAUUUUUCUGAAUGAAUGAACCAAGUGUAUCUUAAAUUUUAACAGCCUCUUCUCACAUAUAAUUUCACAAGGGUAAUAGACUUUUCAGACUUUUUUUUGUAAUACCUUACAUUAAGGCAUUAUUUACACUGUAUCUGCCAGCUUUCCUGACAUUUAGCUGGUGUUUAUGUUGUUAGUGCUGUGACACUGUAACCAGUUUCAGCUUUAAACCAGUCUGUAAUGAGUCAGAACAGCAGACGCCCCCUUAUAUUAACAUGUAGCUUCAUAACAUUCAUUAAAUGUGCUGCAUUUCCCCCAAAUCAGCAUCUACAUUACCACUGCAUUAUUACACAGUAACUACAUAGUAAUUACACAAGACCUGGCCACUUAGUUUACAGUGUAACUAACACUGGGCUACAGGAAAGCUCUUGUGUAGUUAUUAUGUAGUUACAGUGUAAUUACAGAGUGGUGUUGAUGAACGUGAGGUGAUUAGGUCACCUUGUUACAGUUAUUCCACAGUAAUGAUGUAAAACACUUACUGCUGGAAAAGACUUCUGAUCUGUAGCACAUCUAAAAGAUACACUUCUGUAAUUACAUGAGGCAAAACUGAAGGUGAUGCAUGUGAAAUUACAUAAGAUGCACUUCUGUAAUCCAUCUGGAACAUUAACUAAAGCCUCAGUAGUUACAAUGUUAUUGUUCAUGUGUAUCUACACAUUUAGUAACAUCUGUAAUAACCAUGUUAUAUGUUAACAAUACCUUCAAUAACAGUGUAACUGCUGGUGAUGCGUAUACCAUUACAGAUUGAUUAUAGUAACACAGUCCAUGUAAAUACACAUUAUCUACUUUAACUGUAUGUUCAGCUAUGAUGUAAAUAAUGAACGAUAAUUCUGUUGUAUUAUUCGACCCAAAAGCCGGUGUGGAUAUAAAUCAUUUCAUAAGAGGGUCUUCAGUAUAAAAGAGAAGACAUGGAGGGCAGUUUUACAGACUGAAGGUGUUAAAAUGGCUUUUUUAUCUGAAUUCAUCAGCAUCAUAAACUGACAUGGUGAAAAUCCCUAAUUUCACCCAUCAGGCAGAACAGUGCCCUCUUCAGGUCAGUUCACACACUGCAGAGAGAGACAGUCACACCAGUGAUGAUGAAACCCUGCUGUCUCUUAUAGUGUCAGAACAGCUAACGGAGAUAUUUCCUCUCUUCAGGUGCAAAAGUCAGAACAGAAACCUGGAUGAACGUGAUUAUUAUGAGCUUUAACAGAUCUCAAGGCAUCAAUCAGUUCUUUGAUCUGGUAAAACAUGGAUGUAAUUACAGGACAUUGCCACUAGAUGGCACAGUAAGACUAAAAGCAGUGAGGAUGAUGUUUGUCCAAAGUGCCGUUUAAAGGUUCUAGGCUUCUGUUCUUAGUCAGUGAAUAAAAACCAAGUUAUUUUCUGUUCUGUUAUUUUGUCUCUUCAGUAAAAGUUAUUACAGUAAACUUAUUUGACGAGUGAUGAUCCAUAAAGUCCUUCAGUCUCCUCUCUACAUCGUCUCUCACCAUCCUCUGUAAAGAACGCUGCUUAAGAAUAUGUUUUUGUGGAUUUUCAUUCUGAGGUUUUUUGUUUCUCUGUGAUUUCUGUCUGAUUUACUGCAGAGUGUUUUCUCUAUGUAGAGUAUGAAAUACUAAGAGCUGAAAUCAUUCUGAUAUAAAUGUUGUGUAUCAGGUCUUAUUCUCAGUAUGUUGAGCUCAGUAUGAGGCUGUUAGUGAUCUGCAUUGUGUUCUCACCACAUUCACAUGCUGGGUGGAGCUUAGGUUUCUUAUGAUUUAUUAUUUGUUCAGGAUCCUCAUCAGUCCUAGUAUUCUCACUUCCCCUGUAGUGGAAUUCAUCAGCAUUUUACAUUUUUAUAUUUUCUUAAAACUAAUGAAAGUGUGUGUCUUCAUGUCAACAUUAACAUGGUUUAAAUCUCAUUUUACACAGCAGAUAAAACAGCAUCCUCUUCCUGUUAACUCACAAACUGCAGACAGACAGUCCAGAGACCAGUGAUGACAUCAAACUCUACUGUCUCUUAAAGUGACAGUACAGAUACUAAACUGACUCCUGAAUGAAGAAGCUACUAAAAAGGAAAUAGAGAAAGAUCAGAUGUGUGAGAGACGAGUUGCUGAAGUGAAAUAAUAUAUCAGAUGUUUUGAAUAACCUGUUUGUUUGGCUACAAUAUUUUUUUUUCUUACUCUGUAACUUUAAGUGGAAAGGCCUUUAAGAUGGAUGUGGGGAUUCCACGAGAGGAGGACAUUGCAAGGCUGUUUUGAAGAGAGUGUAAACAAUGAUAUUAAGAUGUGCAGCAGAUUCACUCACUGUGUUCUUCAGAUGAUCUGAUGGUGUUUAUUCUAUCAGCUGGGUAACACUGUACUGAGAUCAGCUCUGAUAAACACACCAGUGAUCAUUAUUGCUUCAUACAGCAGCAGGAGAAGAGGAGGAGCUGGAUAAAGUCCCACAUCAUUACAUGUCUAUCAAUAAACGUGAAUAUUAGAUUUAAAAUGAAAGACAUGAUGUUUUAACUAAAAGAUAAUCCAGACUUUGCAGAUGUUUAAAGUCAAGUUGAUCUCUUGCUGCAGCUAAGAAGGUCACAUGCUUCCUGUAAGAGGAAACAUCAUUUGAAUGAGCCUGGCUAUUUCUGUUAAGAGCAGCAGGUCAUAGUUAUACGUCUUAACCACACAACUAUCGUCUCAGUUCAGUCUCUGUUCUCUACAUUUAUCAUUUGAACAUUGGAGAAGUGCCUCAUUACUGAACGGUAAGAUGUUUUCUUUAGUUUUUUUGUUAACUUUUUAGUAGUUUAUGACAAAUAAUGUAGUCUACAGUACAUAUAUAUAGUUAAGUGUGUGUGUGUGUGUGUGUGUGUGUGUGUGUGUGUUGUAGUCUGUGUAGUUUUUACUGCCGAUGUUUCAGUUAAACUUAACACACAUCUAUGAACUUCAGGUUUUACUUCAUUAUUUUAUGUGUAAAACUUUGUAAGGUCCAGCCAGCAGAUCAUGCAUGUCUGCUUGAUGCAUGACAAACAAAAUAAAAAGACACAAAUACAUUUCAAAUUCAGUGCAAACUUAGUCAUGCUGUUGCCUGAGGAACAAAAUAGGGUCCUUUAUUGUUACAUUUUAGAAGGAGAAUAGGUCAGAAUGAAGAAGGUUCUCCAUGUAGCUUAGACAUUGACCUGGUUUUAAUACACUUACAGUAGAGCAGCGCUCAUGCUUCAGUAUUUCUGCUGUAAAACAAACUUGCAAUGACUUGAUAAUUGACAAUAACAGCUUCUAUGCCAAAAUUCAUUUAGUCAUCUAAAUUAAUUAAAAGGAAAGAAAUUGUUAUUUUUACAAAUAAGCUAAUUUUAUUUACUAAAAAUCUCCUCCAGGCUGCUGUGAUGAGGUCAUUGAGAACGGCUCCUCCUCUUCCUCUGGUCUUUCUGCUCAUGACUGCUGGAGCUUUUGCAACAGAGUGGAGUGUGAAGUACAACCAACAGGAAAUCUGUGCUUUAAAAGGAUCCACAGUGUUUAUGAAUGGAACUUUUACUCACCCAGAAGGUCUCACAGUGAAGGAGAUUUUCUGGGUUAUAGAUCCAGCUCUGAAUCCGAGUUGGCCUGAUAUGUCCCAGAACCCAGAUUACUCAGGCAGAGUCGAAUAUUUGGGUGAUGAACAGAAAUUAGUUUCCCUUAAACUGAGUGAUGUAAUGAAGAAGGAUGAACACGAGUACUGCGUCAGAAUCAAGACAGAUCAAGAAAUGCAGAAAUAUUUUGGAAGACCUGGAGUUAGGCUCACUGUCACAGAGCUCCAUGUAAAAGCUCCUGAAGAAGUGACUGAGGGAGAAACAGCAGAUCUGACAUGUAUGACCACCUGCAAUCUGACUGACCCAACAUUCAUCUGGUACAAAAAUGGAUGGCCUUUAACCACAAAGACCAUCAAGAACAACCAGCUCCACCUGCAGACGGUCAGCAGUGAGGAUGCAGGCAGUUAUAGCUGUGCUGUAGGAGGAUCUCAACACCUCCGCUCUACUGCUCACAGCCUCAGAGUCAGAUAUCCUCCAAAGAGUGUUUCAGUGUCCAUCAGUCCCUCUGGUGAAAUAGUGGAGGGCAGUUCAGUGACUCUGACCUGCAGCAGUAAUGGAAACCCACCUGUGAAGAACUACACCUGGUUUAAAGAAGGUGGAACCUCAUCUGUAGGAUCUGGACAGAAUUACAGCAUCAUCAGCAUCACUGCUGACCACACUGGUCUGUACUACUGUGAAGCUGAGAAUGAACAUGGAGCUGAGAGGUCAGAUGGAGUGCUGGUCUUUUUUAAAGUUCUCUAUACAGGCUACCCCCUGAUUCUGUAUGUAGCUGUUGGAGUCGGAGUUUGCAUGAUUACAGUUUUUCUCACUGUAGUUUUGUGGAGGAGAUCUUCUGAGAGCAGGAGAAAGAGGCAGGACAGAAAUACAGAUCAAACAAUCUAUUCGAAUGAAGGCCAAACAGACCACAGCGCCCAUCCACCCCCUGAAGACGAGUCCAGUGUAUACACGAAUGUUGCUGUUUUUAAGAAGCAGCGCUGAGACUAUCACCAGCAGUGUUUACCACACCCACAACUGCAGCAACAAUCCACUGGACAGCCACAGCUGAGAGAAAGAGAGAGAGUUUUUAUUUAAUCUAAAACAUCAAACUGUAACAUACACACAUCUUCCUGAUCUUUUAUGGGAAUGUUUACAUUUUUAAAUCCAAAUCUUUGAUAUCAGCAUACCUGCAUGUCAAUCAGUGUCCUCAGUUCCCAAACGCUUAUUGAGUGUUGUUAAAAGGAAAGGUGAUGUAACACAGUGGUAAACACGCCCCUGCCCCAACUUCUUUGGAACAUG